UUUCCCGCGGCACAGAUUUUAACCAACAAUAGUCCACCAGAUAACUCGAUUCUCACUGCAGCAGAACAAUACAUACAAAUUAGUAAUGUACGACCAGUUGGCGAUGCGCAGGCCUUAAAGACGGCAAUGGUGCCAGUACCGGAGAAAAUUGCUAGAUUCUAUGAGGUCAACGAUGUGACACGCUUCAUCUACGAUCGCCCCAUCUAUAAAGGUCCUAUCGAUAAGGACAACGAAUUUAAAUCGCUGUGGAUCGAACGCACCAAAUUGGAAAUAUCCAAUCAACUGCCCGGUAUUUUGCGCUGGUUCGAAGUAAAACAUAAGUCAGUACAUGAAAUUACCCCAGUAGAGUUUGCAUGCGAGACAAUGAAUAAUGUCGGCAAAGAAUUAUGGGAUCUCAUUGUACAGUAUCGUACUGAACCAAAACGUAAUAUAAAUCCUUUUUCGAUGCGCUUACAAGGCAUAAUCGAUGCAAAUGUCAUGGGUGGUAUAAGCAAAUAUCAAGAGGCAUUUUUCUCGGAACAAUUCCUGAAGUCGCCACAAGGUCAUGGCCAACAAACAAAUGUGCAAAAAUUAAAGGCUCUCAUAUUAGAGCAAAUACAAGUACUCGAGCAGGCUUUGGAACUACACGGCACAUUGGCGCCACCCAACGUACAGCCACUACAUAAUCGUUUACUUGAACGCUUCUCGCAGUUAAAACAAAGUUUAUCAGGUCUGGGCCGGCUGAAGCGCCAACAUUCGGAGAGCAUAGUUAAUACACCCUUGCCACCACUGCCAACCGAAAAACGCACAAUGAGCCUGGGGAAUCCCAGCUUAAAUACUGGCUCGUCAAAUUAUUAUGGAGUCUAUGAGCAAGAUGAUAUAUACACGCGCCCGGGCGACACGUUACGGCCAGUCGAAUCUGGCCAUUCAUUGCUGAACUCAUACCAAACGCUAAGCAAUGAGAGCAUGAGUAUACCGGAAAUCACGCGUGAUAAAGUACCACCUGUACCGAAUCGUCCGCGUUCGCAGAAUUUCAUGCCUGCCAUGGAUGGCCCAGAAGUGCCACCUAAGCGUAAUGCCAAUCAAGUGGGUUCACCCAGCGCACCUCCACUACCGCCGCGUGGCAUAACGCCCGACAAGCGCGCUUCAAAUCCUAGUGCCAUAAAUGAUUUCAGCAGUAGUCAGUAUCCCUCAGCUGGCUCAAUGCCACGGCGCCCUUUGUCUGCCCAUCACCAGCAACAACAACAGCAUGAGCAUGGUCAGAAGUAUUCAGUGGUAGAUAUCAGCUUCGACGACCCUGAAGCGGAUCAAGCUCCCCACUCUCUAACAAGUGUAGGUGAGACGGCGCAGCUUAAUGUGAUCGGGUAUGGACCAAAUGAUUUUCGAGAUUCAGGCAUCUCAACAACAAGUUCGCACGAUCUUAAUAAUUUGAAUAAUCUCAGUGAAGAGUCUUCAUCCAAUUCAGUGAGCACGGUGCAUCAUCGCGACCACUGCCGCUUGAUAUCGAAUGGAAGCAUGGACAGCGCCUACACCAUCAACACUACGCUCAAUAUAAAUCAUCGUGAAAACUCGGCCAGCUCAUUCGAUAUGGACGAUCUGCCAAUGCCGCCGCCACCUCCCAUACCUCCCAAGUCAUUGAAUAUUAUCGCAACCGCGGACUCUUCUUCACUUGAAGAGCAGCAUUCAACAAAUCCCAACACAAUUCAAAAUCAAAAUCAUACUGCAUCAAAUCAUUCUCAUGCACUGAAUCACCCAAAUCAUUUAUCACAACAUUCAACUCACAAUCACAGUCAAAGUCACCAACAGAACGGUAUUGGUGCUAGUGAUAACUAUAUAACACCUAAGAAGAGUGACGCCGCCAGUGGCGACAACGCUAGCGCCAGUGAAUCUCACAAUGAUGGCGGCACUUUUUGAGUUGCAAUAUGUCGCUGCCAUCAACCGCUGCUUCGCCCAGCAGCACCUCUACCGCUCCCAUCGGCCACAACGACCGAAACUGAAACUGAGACUUCAUCAACCACACAAACGCCCUCACCAACACCACCACCACCUCCACCUUUACUUCGCUCGCAUGCGUCACAUGUUGCGUUCUCACCCGGCCAAACAUUACGCCUACCUACCACAAAUUCGACAACCACUUCAUUAUCAUUACCAUCAAACGCAUCUCAACUGCAUUCAUCGUAUACACUAAAUCGUCGCUACAAUCAUUACCAUAGCACACAUUAUUGCCAUGAAUGCCUCUCCUCACCAUCACCACCGCCCAGUGCGGUGGCUACCAUAACCGAACAGGCAGUGGUCCAUGCGUCCUCAUCCUUAUCCUCGUUGGUUACACCGCCACCGCUACCACCAUUGCUGCCGCUUUCAAUGCCAUUGGCGCAAAACGAAACAGCGCCACCGGCAGCCUUGUUGGAGCAUUGUUCCUGUGGUUUAACAUUUACUGUAGAACCUGAGACUAUUUACGAACUGUCACCACAACCCACGGUACACUUUGAGCUACCCUCACAAUCUACCACGCAAUAUGGCAGUCAAAGUGUAUAUAGUAGUAGUAGUAAUAUGUAUGAAUAUGAACAAACGACAACGAACGAUUCGAGUGAGGAUUACGCUGAGGCUGGUAAAAUGCAAACCCAAACAACACAUAUUCAUGCGCACUGCUGUCAGCAUGCGCGUUCCAAUGCGCAUGCGCAAACUGAAUUCUCAUUUGAUCAGCGAUGAUUUAGAGACGUGAAAAUGCAGACAGCGGUGAUGACGGUGACACGCGCGUAGUAGGAUAUAGGGAAAAGAAAGUAUAGAUAUCAAACAAAUUUAAUGGAUCAUAAAACAUUAUAACGUAAGAUAAGUACUCAGUAACAAGUGGUAAACACUUAUAAAUAGGUGACAAGUUGGAAAGAUGAAGUUUACAUUUUCAUAUAAUUUAGUUUUGAAAUAUUGUGUUUAUGUUGUUCUUAUAGUUUUGAACUUCGUAAAUAUUUAUUAGCUACUACCUUCUCAAAUACACAAUCUACUUAGGUCAAGUAAACAAAUUUUUUACAUUAAAAAGAGAAUUUAUUUCGAAAACAACGAAAAAUUGCAUACAUAUGUAUGUAUGUGGUCCUACAAUCGAUUGUCUUAUACAGUAUCGUUUACAGAAAAUCAUUGUAGUACUUCAUUCACUAGUCGAUCGGAAAAAAUUAUGUCCGAGUGUGCUUACCUUAGCAUCGCUUUCUCAAGUAGGUUCUAAAUGUAUCUGCUCUUCAAGUAUAUUUUUUCAGAACAAAAUCUGAAGAUAAAUUUUAAAACCUACUUGAGAAUACGGCCCUCACAGAUCACUCAUAUUCCAGCAAAAGCUAAAGCAAUAUUUUGUGGUUGUAAUAUGUUUAUGGCAACCAUUUUUCAUAUACCUAAAAUUUAGAAAGCAAAGAUCAAAGUAACAAAGUUUAAGGAAUAAAUAGUUAAAUACAUUAGCCUGUUCCCGUACAUCACGAUUUGCAGGAUUUACAGGAACAGCUGUUUUCGCCUUUAAUAAACCUUAUGUGAACGUGUUGUACGGGAACGACUUUGGAUUAAAUCCUGCAAAAGCUGCCAAUCGUAGACAUUCUGGAACGCACUAAAUAUGUAUUUAAAAAUGUACGUGUAUCUGCUUGCUUGGAUAGGCGGCCAGUGGACAGUUAACAGGUAGCAUUUAGGAAAGGUACGUCAUAAAGUAUGUAGAUAUAUGUUUUACUGAAUAUUGUUAAAAAAUCAAGAUUCAGUAUUGCCAGACACUUUCUGAUGGCAGCUGAGUUCGUAAUAAUUCACUAGCGGAUAAAUUCAUUUCAAUUAUUCGUUUAUUAUUUUGUAUGAAGUAUGAGCUAGAAAUUAUGUAUGAUACUCAUACGCCGUGUGUGCACGCGUUUGGUGAAACUUAAUAGAAAAAUAAAAGCUAUACAUAGAUAGCGUGAACUUUAACUUGUCUGGCGAGUGCUACCGUCAACGGAAAGUGUCUGGCAAUAUUAAAUAUUGAUUUUUCGCAGUAUUCAGUAAAACAUAUGUACAUAUAUAAAAACCAGCGCGUCGACUCUAACAAAGGUAAAUCACGUUUUUACGUACCUUUUCUACCUCCCAAUUUGCCCAAUGACUUCUGACUCGUUCUGGUGAACAAUUUACCACAAAAGCGAUUA